UCGGACGCGAGCAGCCUGAUGACAGGAAGGAGCGCAAGAGCUGGAAGGACCAUGCCUGCUCUUUGCCAGUUGCACUGGAUAUGUGGAGGGAUACGGUCGCUGUAGCUGCCGCAAGUAUGCUCCUACUAUCGGGCAUGCUUUCCCUUGUGCUGUGCUCCGCACUGGCUGGUGUGCAACAUCGGGAGGCCGCUGAGAGACGGGCGCGCGAUGAUCCACCUUGUCUUUACCAGGCGUGCCACGAGACGAAGCCUGGAUUCCUGAACGUGCAUAUAGUAAGCCACACCCAUAACGACGUGGGAUGGGUCCACACCGUCGACUUCUAUUACCAGCACUAUGUGCGGAUCAUUCUGGACUCCGUAGUUGAAGAACUGCACGCUCAUCCAGACAGGAGGUUUACCUACGUAGAGACUGCGUUCUUCAGUCGAUGGUGGAACGAACAGACGCCGCAAAUGCAAGAGGUCGUUAGAAACUUCGUCGACUCUGGUCGUCUGGAAUUCACGAGCGGCGGUUGGUCGAUGAAUGACGAAGCUACAACUCACUACAGCGCCAUCAUCGACCAGAUGACACUCGGAGUUCGCUGGCUGAACGACACCUUUGGAAAGUGCGCCCGCCCUCGAGUAGGCUGGCAGAUCGACCCUUUUGGACAUUCCAGAGAGCAGGCCUCCAUUUUCGCUCAGAUGGGCUUCGACGGCUACUUUCUGGGCCGUAUCCACCUCGACGACAAGGCCUGGCGGCAAGAAUAUAAUCAGAUGGAAUUUCUGUGGGAAACCAACAAGUAUUUAGGUGAAAAAGGAGAUAUUUUCACCGGCAUCUUGCCCAACGUCUAUUGGCCGCCCAAGGGCUUCUGCUUCGAUCUUUUCUGCGCAGACGACCCCGUUGAUGAAUACAACGGCGAAAAAAGAGCCAAGGACUUCAUCGAUCUCGUUAUAGCUCAGUCCAAGUUCUACGCCACUAACCACACAGUGGUUACCAUGGGAAUGGACUUUCACUACAAGGAUGCAGCCAAGUGGUUCGGAAACCUGGACAACCUCAUUCGAUUCGUCAAUGCACAACAAGUGAAUGGGAGCCGGGUUCACGUGCUUUAUUCGACUCCGUCCUGUUACCUGAAAGCUCUCCUGGACAGCGAUAUGCGGUGGCCAGAAUACGACGACGACUUCUUUCCCUACGCGGACCGAGCGGACGCCUAUUGGACGGGAUACUUUACCAGCCGACCAAACUUCAAGUUCUUCGCUCGCCAAGCUAACGGCUUUCUAGCGGCCUGCAAACAACUCAAGGUGAUCGGCAAUGUGACGGAUGGUGAUGUCGAAACAUUAUCAAAGGCUCUAGGAGUCUUGCAGCACCAUGAUGCAAUCUCGGGAACGGAGAAGCAGCACGUGGUUGAAGACUACGCUUACAUGACGUAUCUCGGCAUCAAACAAUGUGAAAACAUUACCAGCCGUGCUUACCAGAACUUAUUGUUCACGGAUUCGUAUCCUGCGUUCGAUCUCAACUUGGAGUUCUGCCAUUUUCUCAAUCUCAGCAGCUGCUAUAUCACGGAGACCUCCGAUGAGUUCUUCGUAUUCGUCUACAAUCCCACGUCAUCCCCUGUGCGGUCCUACGCGCGGCUGCCCGUCUCCUCGUCUGGCUACGAAGUCAAGGAACUGCCGGGACAGACAUUAAGGGCCCAGGUGGUACCCAUCGCGAGUCACGUAAAAAGGAUACCAGAAAGAAGAACUACCGCUCAAAAGGAACUCGUCUUUCCGGUCUCCCUUCCUCCCCUCGGAACCACAACCUACCAAGUGAGAAAAUAUCAGGAUUUCCUGCCGAAAGACAGCGAAGACAGCGCAGUGUUUGUCGAAGAAGGCGAAACACCUGCGAUAGACAAUGGGAAAUAUCGUCUGUUUGUGGACCCGGUGACAGGAUUGUUAAAUCGCAUCCUCUUGUUGAACACUGGCAUGGGGAUUCCAUUCCGCCAGUCCUUCUACUAUUACCUGGCCUACGAAGGGGUCCAGGAGAAGCCAUCUGGAGCCUAUGCCUUCAACCCAGCAUCCGAAGACCCAAUAGACUUAGCGCGAAACGUAAACUAUUCCAUUGUCAAGGGACCUUUGGUGCAAGAAAUUCACCAGCAUUUCACCCCCUGGGUGACGCAAGUUAUUCGUCUCUACAAAAACGAAGACGUCAUCGAGUUUGACUGGGUAGUCGGUCCAAUCCCUUUUUAUGACUCUAGAGGAUUUGGUACGGGCAAAGAGGUUGUGUCCAUAUUCCAGACAGCUAUGGACACGGACAGUAAAUUCUACACGGACUCUAACGGAAGGCAAACAAUGACCAGGAUACGAAACGUCUAUCGGCCGUGGACGAAAAAUAUCACAGAGCCCACAUCCUCCAACUACUAUCCAGUGGUCUCAUGGAUAUACUUAAAGAAUGAGACAGAGGACCUACAGCUGACGGUGUUUCCCGACAGAUCCCAGGGAGGAACGAGCUUGCGUGAUGGACAGAUCGAACUCAUGAUCCAUCGAAGGCUGCAAUACGAUGACGGUUUCGGCGUGGAAGAACCUCUCAACGAAUUGGGCAUCGACAGCAAGGGUUUGAUCGCCAAAGGCAAACAUCUCGUCUAUCUGGGAACCAUAGCAGAUUCUGAACGGCUUCUACGGACAGUCAGCAAUAGACUCGUGUAUGCGCCCAUGUAUUCAUUCAGUGCCAAGUCAAGAAGCCUCCUCGAUGUUCCGUUGCCAAGGGUUAGCGGCCUGGACAUGACACUUCCACCCAACAUUCACCUCCUUACUCUCGAGCCAGUGGGAACAGACAGAUUAAUCUUGAGGUUGGAGCACCAGUACCCCGGAGUUCGGGACGAAACACUGAGACGACCUGUGGUCAUAUCGCUCAAGGUACGUCAGGUGAUUGCGCGUCACGGGGCAGUCUUUCGCAACAUAACGGCGUCAGUUGAGGUUCACGCCUUCACUCUACAGCUAUUGGAGGAAAGUUAGAGAGAAAG